AUGCUGUCAUGCAAGUCCACUCCUGCUGCAUCACCUGAUCAAGCCUGUGUGGUGCACUUUGCUGUACACUUUGUCACUCUCGACCUCGUCCUCGGUCUCGUUCUCGCCAUGGCCCUCGAAUUCCAUGAUUUCUGCCUCGAUGAAGAGAUCUCAGCAAUCAAGCGGGAGAUAAUCGAGAACGUGUCGAUGGAUGAUGAGAUGAAGGAAAGGGUACGCCAAAACAAAAGGUUCGUCCUCGUCCACGGUAUGAAAAGCGGAUCUGAGAGAGCAGUGAUCGCAAACCAAGCACUGCUUCGCCACAUUGUCGGCCUCGCCUACCGACGCAAAGACUUGAAGACGGUGGCGAACUUUCACCGCGUCCUCUGCCGCGUCCUCAACCGAUGGCAGGCUGGAGAAGGGAGCCAUGGAAUGCUUGGCAUCCCGAAGAAGAACCUCCUGGAGGACGCCCACUUUUUGAAGGGCCUCGUCAACUACCACUUGCGCACCUCAUCUUAA